GGAACCGACGUCGUUUACGGUGAUACAUAUUAAAGCAAAAUAAAAACCCAUUUUCUUUCUCCUGUUCUUUCUUUCUUUCUUUCUUCCUUUCUACUUCACUUCCGCGACGACGAUCCAAGUGAUGGAUACUGUAGGCGAAACCCAGCGAACUCUGUACCCAUACGUGACUGGAUCCUCUGUAGUUGCUAUCAAAUACAAAGAUGGGAUUCUUAUGGCCGCUGAUAUGGGAGGUUCAUAUGGAUCUACCCUGCGGUACAAGAGUGUCGAGCGUAUCAAGCCUGUUGGAAAACAUUCUCUUCUUGGUGCUAGCGGGGAGAUAAGUGACUUUCAGGAGAUUCUGCGCUACCUUGAUGAGCUUAUUCUUUAUGACAACAUGUGGGAUGAUGGGAAUUCUCUAGGACCGAAGGAGGUGCACAAUUAUUUAACCCGUGUUAUGUAUAAUAGACGUAACAAGUUCAACCCAUUGUGGAAUGCUCUUGUACUUGGUGGGGUGAAAAAUGGGGAGAAAUACCUUGGCAUGGUUAACAUGAUUGGUAUUAAUUUUGAGGACAACCAUGUAGCAACUGGUCUUGGAAAUCAUCUUGCUAGGCCAAUUCUCCGAGACGAGUGGCAUGAGAACUUGACCUUCGAAGAAGGUGUCAAGUUACUAGAAAAAUGCAUGCGUGUGCUUUUAUACCGUGACAGGUCUGCUGUCAACAAAAUUCAGAUAUCUAAAAUUACGGAGGAAGGUGCCACUCUUUUCCCACCAUUCUCGUUGAAAACGUACUGGGAGUUCUCUGCCUUCAAGAAUCCAACUGUGGGUGCUGAAGGUUCAUGGUAGCUGACUCAUUGUGAAAUGAAACAGAAUUUUAAAUGGAUACGAAAUGGAUUCCAAUAGAACUUUUCAAGGUGUUAAUGGAUAUGAAAUGAGUCUGCCUUCUGAAGUUAAAAAUACUUGAUGUUGUUUUUAUAUUUAUCUUAGUUUCCCAUGGUGGUUCGAAUUGAUUUGUUUCAUUAGAAUUUCUAUUUCAGUUUUCUUUCAUUAUGACACUCGCGAUAGUUAUCUUUUCCUUUUCAA